GAGAAAGUAAUUAAUUAAGAAAUUAAAAUUUGUUUAUAUAAAAAUAAAGUAAAAUAAUAUUUGUCACUAGUACAGCUGGAGAAGUCUUUGAGAAAACAAUUCACAAAAAGUAAUGUCUUUUAAAAUUUUUACCAUAUUUAUGGUUCUGGUCUUAGUACAGAACGCUUGGGGCAAGGCUAUAGAUCAUUCCUCGGAAUCAUUAUUCUCUUCUUCCGAUGAAGAAGAUGAAAUUAGAAAAAAUCCCACUCCAGCACAGAAACUUGUUCUCUUCACUUAUGACAAUUUCGUAUCAUUGGCCAAACAUUACUCCAAAAGUGCUGCCAACAUUAGUCGUCUUGUACUCAAAGAUGAAGCCAUGAUUGCCAAUGAUAAACCAGAAGUUUUGGAAGUUAAAAAGAAUUUAACCCUGUAUUUGGAACACUAUGAAUCGAAUAAAAAAGAAAAAGAUUUAUGGGAUAUUUUGGACAUUUAUACCGAUACUGUUGAUAAAUAUAUUGAUAUGCCCGAGGACGCUAUUACUCCCGAGUCUACAUUUAUCGAGGGAAUCCUAAAGAAAUACAAUGCCCAAGAUGUUAUAUUGGAAUUUGCUGUAGAAUUCAUCUCGUUUAUGUCCAAUUUUAGCAAGCUAUUCGAAGAGCAGAAAGAACAUUUGGAUAAGCCCAUUUUGGAUUGGUAUGAAAAGUUUUCGUCUAUAUCGGAUUUUGAAGAAAAAAUCGAUGCUUUUAGUGGCUUUUUGGAAUUGGUUGAUUAAAAAGAAUGGAUUUUAUAAAAUAUAUGAGUUAUAAUUGUUGUAAA